AUUAGUACUUAUUUUGAAAUUUAUCUUUGAAAUCAAUUAAUUUCACGAUAAUUGCUAUUUUAUCAAUUAAAUCAAAUCUGAUUACUACGGAUCAUCCUUUAUAUUUUGACUUUGAAGUGCUUUAAAUUAAUGGAUUGUAGUGUUAUCUUAUCAAUGCUGACUUAAUAUGGAAUUUUAUCCAAUGCAUCGCCAUGACCAUAGCAGAUAAGCUUAGUGCUCGGGUGAGUCCAUAAAAUGGAAAGUUCAGUGCAAAUUGCAGAAAGUAUUGAUACAGAACGCAAGAUCUUUUAUAAGUACUAUGUAGAAAAUGACUUCUUUGUGUCGCCUGAAGGAAUUCUGAAAGUAUUAGCAACUGUGGUAUGUACGUUGUCGUCUAUCGCGUUCGCGUGGGGCGGCUGGUGCGGCGCGGGGCUGGUCGCGGGAGGUACGGGGCUGGUCGCGGGGGGCACGCUCGCUGCUCUCUGCGCGCUCAGCGCAUUGUUGGCUACUCACGCACCCAUGACGUGCUUCAUAACAGACAUAAUAUUAUCGACUGUGAUUGGAGUGUCACUAUUGCUUGUUACAAUUCUGAGUUUCACCCUGUGCGAGACACGUCGUGCCGUCGACUACGCGUUCGGGCCUCUUGCAUUGAUAAACUCAGUCUUAGUGAUUGGUAGUGUAGUGAUGACAUACAUGUCAGUUUCUAAGAAAUGGGACGCUGAAACUGGCAUAAGCACUACCAACUGUGAUAAUCCACCAGCCAAUGAGUUGGAAGUUUAAGGAGUUCAACAAUUAUUUACUCAUAGUUUUAUUUUAUUUUACAUAAUUUGUUUGUAUAAAAUAAUAACAAUAUAAAAUGCAUAAAUAAAAUUUUAAAACUCUUGUACUA